AUGCUCUUGAAGAAACGCAUCAACACAAUCACCAUUGCCCUGAUGCUGCUGGCCGGGUUCCUGAUCCUCUUCUUCGCCGGAUUCCUCUUACUCCCUCCUCCGGCGUUAACGGCGACCUCCCUAGCCGAUUCCGGGUUUCGGGUCGAGCCGACGAAGGCCGACCCGUUCGUCGACUUGUUCACUGCUUACAAGAAGUGGGACUCUCAGGUGGGUUGUGCCCGGUUCAGGGAAGGCCACAAAGACGCGAUCCACGCCGCCGGCGGCUCUGGGUUUAAUGGGUCGAAGGGUUCUCUGCAGCGGGUUGGGGGCGAUUCGGAGUGCGGCGAGCUGAAGAUGGAUCAUGUGAGCGUUUUGGUCAAAGGGUGGACUUGGAUCCCGGAUAAUCUGGAUAAUUUGUAUUCUUGUCGAUGUGGGUUGAGCUGUUUGUGGAGUAAAUCGGCUGUGCUUGCUGACAAGCCUGAUGCUUUGUUGUUUGAGACCACGACGCCUCCAUUUCAGAGACGCAAUGGAGAUCCGCUACGUGUCUAUAUGGACCUAGAGCCUGGCAGAAGACGCUCUGGUGUGGAAGAUCUAUUUAUCAGUUAUCAUGCUGAAGAUGAUGUUCAGUCAACUUAUGCUGGUGCCCUGUUUCAUAAUGGUCGAAAUUAUCAUGUAUCUCCGAUGAAGAACAAUGAUACACUUGUAUAUUGGUCUUCCUCGCGCUGUCUUGCUCAAAGAAACAAGCUCGCAAAGUCUCUCCUCAGCUUGCUGCCUCACCAUUCCUUUGGCAAGUGCUUGAACAAUGUCGGUGGACCUGACAUGGCCCUUUCGUUAUACCCAGAGUGCGCCAGCGAUACCAGUGAGAAACCUAGAUGGUGGGACCAUCUACAUUGUGCCAUGUCUCACUACAAAUUUGUGCUGGCUAUAGAGAACACGGCCACUGAGAGUUACGUGACGGAGAAGUUGUUCUACGCUCUAGAUUCUGGAGCGGUCCCAAUCUAUUUUGGGGCGCCAAAUGUGUGGGACUUCGUUCCUCCUCACUCAAUCAUAGACGGGAGCAAAUUUAGAUCCAUGAACGAACUCGCUUCAUACGUUAAGGCUCUAGCUAAUGAUGCAGUGGCAUAUGCUGAAUACCAUGCAUGGAGGAGAUGUGGCGUUCUAGGCAACUAUGGGGAAACACGUUCGUUAAGUCUCGACACCCUGCCUUGCAGGUUGUGUGAAGAAGUCAGCAGAAGAGGGGGUCGAAAUGCAAAAUCCUAGCGUAAUUUGAUACACUUGUGUAGGCAAUCAUGGAAUGGCUGUUCCCCGGCAUACGAUCUUAGAAAUGACGAAGUUAAUGAGUGACAAUUGAGUACAAGCCUAGAAGAUCUGCUCUUUCUUCUUCUUUUUUGCAGUCAUAACUGAUUGUUCUUCAAUAUUCUCUGCUGGUUUACAAUGAUGAUACUUGAAAGCUAGUGAAUUUGUGAUUGUAGUUUCCGAAGUAGGUUUCAUAUACAGAAAAGGGAUGUGGAGUGAAAGUUGUACUCGUUGAACCAGAAAGAUUUAUUGGAUAGAAAUUGAUGUAUACAGAAGAACAGUCAUGUCGGAUUAUAGGGUACAUUUCUGUUCAUUUUUACCCUGUUACAAUAAGUUUGGCGAAAUAGGCUACUAAU